AUGGUUGACUGCUCACAGUCCCUCGUAAACCACCAUGUGCUUCAUCUCGCUGUUCUCUGCUUGGUGUUCAACUGCGGGCGGUCUCUGCCAUAGGGGUGAUGAUGUAGGCAGACAACCGAGGUCACGUGCUCGCACAUCACCCAUUCCAAGAGUCGGCUCAACCUCGCUGCAUCCCAAAGGAGCACACCGGCGAACAGACCUGCUUCAAGGCAUCACGUCAAAACACGAGAGCAUGAAACCAGUGAUGAUGUCUGAUUGUCCUGCCGUGGGCCCGUGAAGGGCCAGCGGAGAGACAUGGAGCAGCACUUUUGAUCAAG